AUUGUUGCGGGCUCUGCUGCAGCUAUGAUUCUUGCAAAUAACAACAGUGAUAUGCAACAUUCAGAAUAUAGCACUGGUUUGAUUCGAUUAGUACAACCCAUAGAUUUUUUGACCAAGAAGGAAGCUCAGUUUUUGUGGCUUUUGCAAGAUCCUAUACUCAAAGAAAGGCUACCUGCACAAUUAUCAGGUUUGGACAACAAACAGAUCAACUUGUGCAACAAAGCAGCCGAGAAGAUAUUGUCCCAUAGUGAGGCUCGUAUAUGGCAUAGUAGUAAAUUAGUCGGUGCAGGUAUUCUUGAACAAAGCCCGGAUGGUUAUUUGGCGAGUCCAUUAUCACUUCGUCAUAAAGUUCAGAUACUAUUAAACACAUACUGCAACGAUCAUAUGAAUUUCGAUGAUGGCAGUUGUUGUAGUUAUCCUGAGCCGGCAACUACUCUACAAUUGUUAAGCUUGUUUGCGCUUGCAUUAUUUAUAAUAAUUGGAGGAGGAAUAUGGCUGUACAGAAUGUUAUGUAAGUAUCGUUCCGAAGUAUCUUAUUCUCAUGUUAUCACCGAAGAAGUAGAAGAUACGGAAGAAGCUGGUAUUUCAGAAGUCAUUCAGGUUAAGCAGCCUGAAAUACAAGAUUUUUAUACUCUUAUUACAUCACUAGCUCUUUUUUCUGUUAUAUUAGCAUACUUUUAUUUAUGCGAUAGAACUAAUUUUUUCAUGAAGGAGAAUAAAUAUUACAGCGAAUUUAGUUUUUGGUUACCACUCGGCUAUAUCUUAGCUCUUGGAUUAUUUUUCACUGAAGAUCGCGAGAGAGGACCAAGAGUGUUAAACAGAGAACAAACGGAUGAAUGGAGAGGUUUAAUGCAAGCGGUUGUGCUCAUAUAUCAUGUCACUGGUGCCAAAAAUGUUUUACCGAUCUAUAUGUAUUUAAGAUUAAUAAAUUCUGCCUACUUAUUUCUGUCUGGAUAUGGUCACUUUUAUUAUUUUUGGCAGACUGGUGACGUAUCUCUCGUUAGAUUUGCCAGAGUCAUGUUUAGAUUAAACUUGUUGACAGUAUCCUUAUGCCUUUGCAUGAACAGGCCAUAUCAAUUUUAUCAUUUCGUACCUUUAGUAUCAUUUUGGUUUUUAGUGAUUUAUUUUCUGGCUUGGUUGCCACCCAGAAUAUAUUCUGGUAGUUUAGCAGAAUACGGACCUAGAGCUUUGCUAUAUUUUGCUCUAAAACUUUUGGGUCUUGUAUCGAUAAUUACCAUACUAUAUAUGUCAGAGGUGUUUUUUGAAAAAGUUUUCGUCACGAGACCCUGGAAAGCAUUAUUCGUGACAACUGAUGACGAUAUCCGCGAAUGGUGGUCUCGUUGGAGAGUUGACAGAUAUAGCGUAGUCUGGGGUUUGACUUUUGGAGCCGGUCUUGUCGCUCUUCAAAGAAUAGACCAUAUUCCAGGCACCGCUUUAUCUUCUGUACUAGCAUUGGUUUCUUUAAUUGCAUAUACAACUUUUACAAUUUUGUGCCACUCUGUAUCAGAGUGCGAAGAAAUUCAUUCUUACGUCGCGUUUAUUCCGAUUAUAGGAUAUAUUGCUCUUCGAAAUGCGUCAUUGGCAUUACGGGGAAAGCAUUCUGCACUUUUAGCUGGAUUGGGUAGAAUAAGUUUGGAGACUUUGGUCGCACAAGGACAUAUAUGGCUGGCAGCAGAUUCACACGGAGUGCUUGUGCUAUUACCCAGAUUUCCAGUACUGAAUCUGUUGGUUACAUCAUUUAUUUUCAUCUGUGCUAGUCACGAAAUUCAUAGAUUGACACACGUUUUGACACCAUACGCAGUACCGAAUGAUUGGAAAUUAGUAGCACGCAAUUUGCUAUUAUUUAUAGCUGUGUUGGUACCUAUUGGCAUUCAUGAUGGAAUGUUUUAAAAAUUAGAAAUAUCAUCCUCAUAUAAAAUCAAAGAUAUUAACAAUAUUAACAUAUACGCGAAAAACUUCAUGUCAUAUAUAGGCCAAUUAAAGAAAACAUUAAUUACAUUAAGGUUGAAUAAAUAAACAGAUAU